CCCAUGCUGGACUCCAUGACGUGGACGGGCACUGGGCAGAUUCAAAAGGCAUGGCCUCCCUUAGCUCCUCCUCUCCUCUGUCCAUCAUCCUCACCAUGGCGGCAAUCACCAAGAAGAAUCGUGUUUUCCUCCUCCUCUUCCUCCUUCUCGCCGUUCUCGUGGUGGACGCGCAGCUGCCUUCAGGUGAUGACGAUGCUAAGCAGGUACCCAUGCAGAUGGAACAUGAUACUGAUGCUUUUCCCGUGCCGGCGUCGUGCUACUCGAACUAUUUCCCACACUGCACCAAAGGACGGUGCAAGCAGUUCUGCGCUGGCCACGGCAAGCCGCCAGUCCCUAGAGCCUUCUGCAAUGACAACUCCAACUGUUGUUGUCCCGUUAGUUGAACUAGCAAGGGCUGGCGCGGCGGCACGCCACCCCCUUAUGUUACCAUGCGCUGAGGAACAAAAACAUAUAUAUGUUUAUUUGCAAGCUAAUAUGGGAGGUGUGCUCUCUUCUUUUUAUUACAAGAGAUUUCUUAUGCUUUGCACACCUUACAUCAUGAAUGGAGAUCUGCGAGAUAAGCAAAAAAGGUUCAAAACAUUGAGUGAAAAUACAUUCUACCCAACCUAUGAGCAGGUGUGUAAGCCAUAAUAUUUGGAUACAACCACGAUUCAAGGCAAAGAGAAAUAAACAAGAAUGGGCAGAUUGCAUUUU